AUAGUGAUUAUUACUUGUCAAGGGAUGAUUUUGCAACUAUGUGCAAUGGUGAGCUACUAAGCAGCUUCCUAGAUGUCUGGUCCCUACGUUUUUCAUUGCUAAACAUGUCCCGUGCAGUUGGGGAGACAAAGCGGGUCUACUUCUCCACCCUAGUACAUCUUCAAAUUGAUCCCAAUGACCAGUGGAUGAAGGAUCUCCCAGCUGAUAUAAAAAUGAAGAAUUUCAAUGAGAGAUUGAGCUAUGAAAUAACCAGCUUUGGGAACCUAGACAUCAGUGAUGCAGAUCUGAUAUUCUUCGCAGUUCAUCGCCAUGGUCACUACUUCUUGGUCUGCUUCAAUGUAAAAGAACGUAAAGUGCAGGUCAUUGACAACAAGGAGUUACCAGCUGAUGUUUCAAAGAAGGACAAAUAUGGCAACUGCCCACACUUAUUGAUUGAAGCAUUCAGUGGUUACCUUAAGACCGAGUGCCCCACCUUGUAUGUGAAGUUGCAAAAAGUUGCUAUAAAGUACCUUAAGUUGGACUGGGCAAACACCGAAAAUGUCACUGAUUGUGGAAUCUAUGUACUCCGGCAUAUGGAGACAUUCCGAGGGACUCUGCAAGACUGGCAGCCAGGAUUCAAGAAGAAUAUGCGCUUGAAUGCAAGCUUCAUAUGCGAACUGCGAGCAAAAUAUGCUGCCAACCUCAUAAAGUGGAGAAUGAAUGGUGUCAGGGGGGAGGUUCUACAAGCGGCCAAAAAGGUUUCCAAGAAGAAUUGAAUGAGUAUUGUUCAACAUGUUGACUGAAUUCUAGACAAUGUUAACGUUUCUGUGAACUACACUGACAAUGUGACAUGUAUUUUGUGAAUGCAUGAUGUUACUAGCUGAAUAACAAUUUACAUCUGAUCU